GAGGAUGAAGGGGCUAGUGGGCAGCUGUUCAAUACUGCCCUGCUCAGUUUCAAAUAUGGGCACGGUAACCUUUGACGUGACAGCAAUAGCUGCUAAAAACAGAACUGACAGCAGGGAGAUAGGAGCCCACACCCGCUAGGACGAGAGCAGCAGGCCUACUCUUCAGCCUGACUCGGGCCUACUGUAGAUUUGCUUUCAGAAACGGACUCCUAACUAACUUUACUGGCUUUUAGUUGUCUCAAACAAUUGAGUUUUAUAGUGUUUUAUGUCUCUUUAAUAGCGUUUGUCAACAAUGAAUAACAUGGACAACCUGGAGAAACAGCUGAUUUGCCCCAUAUGCCUGGAGAUGUUUACAAAGCCUGUGGUGAUUCUACCCUGCCAGCACAACCUCUGCAGAAAAUGUGCCAACGAUAUUUUCACGGCCUCAAAUCCAUACCUACCAACAAGAGGUGGCUCGUUGACGUCUGGUGGCCGCUUCCGAUGCCCGUCCUGCAGACAUGAGGUGGUCCUGGAUAGGCACGGUGUUUACGGGCUGCAGAGGAACCUGCUGGUUGAAAAUAUUAUUGACAUGUUCAAACAGGAGUCCAGCAGCAGCAAACCGGCGCCGGAGAGAAAGCGAGAGAUGCCCAUGUGUGAGGUUCACGAGGAAGAAAAGAUCAACAUUUACUGCGUCACCCAUGGCGUGCCCACAUGCUCCAUGUGUAAGGUGUUUGGAGCCCACAAAGACUGUGAGGUGGAACCCAUCACCAGCAUCUAUGAGACAAAGAAGACGGAGCUGAGUGACGGGAUUGCCAUGAUGGUUGGUAACAACGACAGGAUGCAAGGCAUCAUUAGUCAGCUCGAGGAAGCCUGUCGUGCCAUAGAGGAGAAUGGUCGGAGGCAGAAGACUCUGGUGUGCGAGAAGUUUGACCAGCUGUACUCCAUCCUGGAGGAUAAGAAGAGGGAGAUGAGUCAGAAGGUGACAGUCGAACAGGAAGAGAAGGUGAACUAUAUCCGGGACCUGACCAGGAAGUACGGAGACCAUCUGGAGGAGAGCUGUAAGGUUGUAGAGAAGGGGAUCCAAACAAUGGAGGAGCCUGAAAUGGCUUUAUUUCUACAGAACACAAAGCCUCUCCUCAAAAAGAUUGCAGAAGCAUCCAGUACAGCACACUUGGACAAAGUCGAGCGUGGCUAUGAGAAUAUGGAUCAUUACAACAUCGAGUUCAAGAGAGAGGGCAAGGCCCUGCGCAGCAUUGACUUCAUCCAAGAUGACGAAGAUGAGGACGAAGAGGAUGAGGAUGGAGAAGCGGCCGCGGAGGAAGGAGAGGGGGCCCAGACUGUUUCAGGAAGUAGCGCUGUUACCGCCGCCCCCGUCCCACCUUCUGCCCCCCAGCAGGUGAACUCCUCCACAAGCGCAGCCAAGAGCGCUGCUUCGACCUAGCUGUCAGCCGCCGGCCCCAACAACACCCUAAACCCAGGAGCAGGAUAAGUUUUGCUCCUAGAUGUUGAUUUCAGGUCAGUUGUGAUACUUUUUCUCCCAGAUUGGGGAACAGCGAGACGGAUUUAGAUCUGUGCCGAAGGGAAAGUCUGAGUUACUGAGGUAGAUCUGAAGGAAGAGACAGAAGUUUAAAUUCUAUUCUCUCUCUUUUAUUGUGAUUGUGUUAGCUUGCAUCACUGCAUACUGACUGGUACAUUUUUUGUCUGAUUAAAUACACAUUUUGGUUUCUCUUUUAGGUGUUUUUUAUUUUAUUUUUUUACGUGCUGAAUGACAGACAGGCUACGAGUGUCUCUUGGUUAUUCCCAGAUUUCAGACGUGUUCAGAAUUUUUUUAUGUAGCUGACCUUUUGCGACUCACUGCUUAAACUACAUCAUUAGAGAGCAUGACAAGGGGGCCUCAGGUUUCCCUCCUUAUCGUAUACUUUUUUAUGGCAGAUAUAACUUUAUGAGUAGGGUAGCAGAGUAUAAAACUAUCGCUGUGACAUUUCAGUGUUUCAUACAUGCAACAGCCUGUAUUAUGUGUUGUGUUCUUUGUUGUGUAACACAGGUGUUUUUUGUUUCUUUUUUCGAAUUAUGGACAAAACAUCACAUUUUGCCUAAUUAUGGUGUAAUAAAUCUUCUGUGUCAUUAAAACAGAAUUG